CAGAUGAAGAUCACAUCGUGUCGUGCGACAGACAAGAAGACCGGUAGGAAGUCAGAGCCGUGGACCGAUGUCAUACAGACUCAGCUGAAACAUGAAGACUCUGAUGGUGUUUGACUUUGACCACACUGUGGUUGAUGACAACAGUGACACUUGGGUGAUAAGAAGCCUUCCCUCUCAGACUCUUCCUGACUCUGUAAAGAAAUCCUACAGAAAAGGCCACUGGACUGAGUUCAUGGGCAGCGUGAUGAAGUACAUAGGAGAGCAGGAGGUCAGCUCCGACAGCAUCCGCAGCGUUAUGGAGACCAUCCCCUUCACAGCUGGGAUGAAAGACUUGCUGACCUUCAUUUCAGAGCAUAAAAGCACCAUUGACUGUAUAGUCAUCUCUGACUCCAACUCCUUGUUCAUAGACUGGAUCAUCCAGGCAUCUGGAUUCCACGCAGCCAUCGAUCAGGUUUACACCAACCCAGCUAAGUUCAACGAGCUCGGGUACAUGGAGGUGCAGAACUACCACUCUCAUGACUGUGAUCAAUGCUCCGUAAACCUCUGCAAGAAAAAGGUUCUGGAGGUGUAUCUGUCAGAGCAGUCCAAUAGAGGGGUAGAGUACGAGCAGGUAUUUUACUCAGGGGAUGGCAGGAAUGAUUUCUGCCCCACUUCCUGUCUGAGAGGGAAUGAUUUUGUGAUGCCCAGGAAGGGGUACCCCCUGGAGAAACUGCUGGUCACACUACAAGAUCAGAAAGAUAACUCUUCUCUGAGAGCUAAAGUCAUAGUCUGGAGCAGUGGCACUGACAUCCUCGAGGAACUGAAAGCAAGUAUCAAGUUUUAGCCAUGAAGUAGCAAACUUGGUCCAAUCCUAAGUGGUAGCACUAAUGGAAAGAAAUGUAGUCUGUACUGUUGAGGGCACAUGCUGCUCCCCAUAAUUGUUGGAUUUUAGUUUUUCAAAUUGUUGAGAAAGUAGUACAAUUCUGUUUCUAAAAUGUUUUCAAUCAUCAUUAAAUCCCUUGAGAUGUG